AUGGCUAAUGCUACAUCCGAACUCACAUGGAUCCUCGCCCUACUCAAGGAUUUUGGCAUCAAUUCUACUACCCCAGCACUUCUUUAUUGCGACAACACCGCUGCAAUCCACAUAAGUGAAAAUCCAGUCCAAAAUAGACGUUUGGUGAGACAAGACCUUGCCUGUCCGCAAUUGAUGAGAUUGUUGAGGGUUGCUGCCGGGUUGUUGUCGAAGGUUGCAUCAGACGAAGGUUUCAAACCCAAGAAGCAUGGAUGGAAACAUGAAUCUUGGGCUGAAGAGAAGAGAUUGGAGUGGAUUCAAAACCAGCCAAUUUCUGAAGCUCUAAAAGUUGAAGAAGCUAGUGUUCAUUCUCAAAUCUUGGUUGCUUGGUCUAAACUUGAAAUCAGAGAGUUUUUCCUGUCGGAAGAAAUGGAUCCUAAUCUAAACAAGACUUUUAUAUGCCUCAUUCCGAAAGUGGAUUUUCCUCUGGGUGUGGACCAAUUUCGUCCAAUAAGUCUAUGUAACUUUUCUUAUAAAGUCAUAGCCAAGAUUUUAUCUAACAGGCUAAGACCUUUCAUGAGUGAUCUAAUCUCUCCCCUUCAAUCAGCGUUUAUUCCAGGGCGAUGGAUAGCUGAAUCUUCUAUUCUCACUCAAGAAAUCAUUCACAAGAUUCGUCAUAAGAAAGGCAAAGGAGGGCUUAUUGCUUUAAAGCUUGACAUGCACAAAGCCUAUGACAAAAUGGAAUGGAAAUUCUUAGAAAAAGUUCUUGAGGCGAAUGGUUUUUCUGAGCAAUGCCGAAAGCUUCUGAUGGCCUGUGUUACUAGUGUUUCCUAUACGGUCCUUCUUAAUGGGUGUCCGCUUAAGAAAUUGAUUCCGCAACGAGGCCUUCGUCAAGGAGAUCCUCUAUCUCCUUUUUUAUUUUUACUUUGCCAAGAAGUUCUUUCAAAACUCAUAUCCAAAGCCGAAGUUCAGAAUGCGGUUCAUGGCAUCAAGAUAGCUCAUUCAGCUACCCCGAUCUCUCACUUGAUGUUUGCAGAUGACACCAUUUUGUUUGCUCGUGCAAACUCAAAUGAAGCUAAUAAGUUGAUGGAGUGCCUCUCUACUUAUGAAUCUUGGUUUGGGCAAUCUUGUAGUAAAUCCAAGUCUGGAGUUCUCUUUUCUAAGAAUAUGUGUAUUGAAAGGAAGAGCAACAUCCUUGGUAUUCUCAACAUUAACCAAGUUAGUGGCGGUGAGAGACAUCUUGGUAAUCCAUUUGUUUUCAAAAGAAGGAAAAAGGAGGAUUAUCUGAGGCUUAAAGAAAGUAUGCUGAAAAAAUUGGAAGGAUGGAAGAUGAAACUCAUUUCUUAUGCUGGCCGAUUAACCCUGAUUAAGUCAGUAACUUCGGCUAUGCCAAUCUACGCAAUGUCUACUUCCAAAAUUCCUUUAGCUAAUUGUCGAGAACUUGAUGCCCUGAUGAGGAAGUUCUGGUGGUCUGGAAGAGUGGACAAGGACCGAUAUCUUGCUUUGAAGGCUUGGGAUAAGAUAUGUCAACCAAAGGAAUCUGGAGGAUUGGGCUUAAGAAGAUGUGAAGACAUGAACAAAGCAUUACUAACUAAGCUAGCUUGGAGUUUGGCAACAAAAGAAAAGAAACCAUGGGUCUCAUGUCUGCUGAAGAAGUAUUGCAAAUUCGAGAAUUUUUGGGCAGUUAAAGGUAAGAGUAAUGACUCUUAUCUUUGGAAAUGCAUCCUGGAUACAAGAUCUACAAUUCUCAAGGGAUCCAUCUCUGUUGCUGCUUCUGGUGAGUCUAUAAAUCUUUGGCAGCAGCCGUGGAUUCCCUGGUUGGAAGCUCAUGAAUUCAUGGAUCUUAUGAGUAGCUUGAGGAAUAAUGGUUUUACAAUCAAAACUGUAGCGGACAUCUCUACAGGUAAUGAAUGGAAUGAAGAAUUGUUUUCUGUUAAGGCAGCCUACAAAGUGGAUCAAUCUUGGAGGUUUGACCCGAUUAAAGAAGUCUGGAAGUGGAUAUGGGGAGUUGAUAUUCAUCCCAAGAUUUCAGUUUUGCUUUGGCGGUUUAUGAGUGAUGUUAUCCCUACAAAGAGCAGAUUACAUUUUCUGUCAGAUAAAGCGUGUGAUUUGUGUGAUAGUGAAGUCGAAGAUCCUAUGUAUCUGUUCAGUAGGUGUAGCUUCUCAAGAUCCAUUUGGUUUGGUGGAAGUGAAAGCAGAGAUGAUUUUCUUAACUACUUGGGGUGUGUUUUAUCUGUCAUAUGGCAUCAACGAAAUGUUUUCUACAUCAAUAAUGUUCCUGUCAAUCCCCUGAUGGCUUUAGCAAGGGUUGAAUCUGAAUUUUUGGAGUUACAGAGGUUGCCUCAUUUCAGAAAGAGUACUCAAAGUGUUGGCACUCAAUCCCCUGAAGGUUCGGCCGGUGUAGGGGUUACUCUCUCUUCUAGCAGUAUGGUUAGUCAUGUUCUCUUCACGGAUGCUUCUUGGGUGGGAGGGGAAGCGGGUAUUGCAGCAGUCUCAGUCGACACUGCAGAUGGCUGCUGUCGUACUUUUAAUUCGGUUGCGGAUGGUAUAGCCAAGAAAGCUAGAGCUGCUAGCGAAUUGGUCGUUUUGUAUCAAGGGGAGGGUAAUCCCCCUGUGAUUCCCAUCACUUUUCUCGCUUAA